UGAUUUCAGUGGUUAUCAGGCAGCCUGAUAUAAAUAUAAAGCAGGGAUUCAGGGGAAUUGACAGGUUCCCAUUGCAACCAUGAAGUCUUUGGUCUUUAUUCUGCUCAUUGGAGCUGCUUUUGCCACGGACGACGAUAAGAUCGUCGGAGGGUAUGAGUGCACCCCUCACUCCGAGCCCCAUCAGGUGUCUCUGAACUCAGGGAGCUACCACUCCUGCGGUGGCUCCCUGGUCAAUGAGUACUGGGUUGUGUCUGCUGCUCACUGCUACAAGUCUCGUUUUGAGGUGCGUCUGGGAGAGCAUCACAUUGGAAUCACCGAAGGUACUGAGCAGUUCAUCAGUUCUUCCUAUGUCAUCCCACACCCCGACUACAAAGUCUACACCCUUGAGCAUGACAUCAUGCUGAUCAAGCUGGGCAAGCCUGCCACCCUCAACCAGUACGUGCAGCCUGUGGCUCUGCCCAGCAGCUGUGCCUCUGUUGGCACCAUGUGCAGAGUCUCUGGCUGGGGCGUCACCAUGAGCUCCUCUGUUGAUCGUCACAGGCUCCAGUGCCUGAACAUCCCCAUCUUGUCUGAUGAAGACUGUCACAAUUCCUACCCGGGCAUGAUCGACUAUACAAUGUUCUGUGCUGGAUAUCUGGAGGGAGGCAAGGACGCCUGCCAGCUUGACUCUGGUGGUCCUGUUGUGUGCAAUGGUGAGCUCCAAGGUGUUGUGUCCUGGGGCAUUGGAUGUGCUGAGAGGAACUACCCUGGUGUCUACUCCAAGGUCUGUGUGCAGACUGAGUGGCUGCUGACCACAAUGGCCAGCUAUCAAACCGCCUCAGAGAUUGGCUCCUCACUGACCAAUCAAGAUGCUCAGAAAGCAAAGGCAGCACUCCCUGUGGGUAUAAAAUCAGGACUUGAGCUGAAGAACUCUCAUCGACAGGUUCACAUAGCAACCAUGAGGUCUCUGGUCUUCGUUCUGCUCAUCGGAGCUGCUUUUGCCUUGGAGGACGACAAGAUCGUCGGAGGGUAUGAGUGCACCCCUCACUCCGAGCCCCAUCAGGUGUCUCUGAACUCUGGCUACCACUUCUGCGGUGGCUCCCUGGUCAAUGAGUACUGGGUUGUGUCUGCUGCUCACUGCUACAAGUCCCGCAUUGAGGUCCGUCUGGGAGAGCACCACAUCAGAAUCAAUGAGGGAACUGAGCAGUUCAUCAGCUCCUCCCGUGUCAUCCGCCAUCCCAACUACAGCUCCUACGACCUUGACAAUGACAUCAUGCUGAUCAAGCUGAGCAAGCCCGCCACCCUCAACCAGUACGUGAAGACUGUGGCUCUGCCCAAGAGCUGCGCUCCCGCUGGCACCAUGUGCAGAGUCUCUGGCUGGGGCAACACCAUGAGCUCCCUUGCUGACGGUGACAAGCUUCAGUGCCUGGAGAUCCCCAUCCUGUCUUACAGCGACUGUAAUAACUCCUACCCUGGCAUGAUCACUGAUGCCAUGUUCUGCGCUGGAUACCUGGAGGGAGGCAAGGACUCUUGCCAGGGUGACUCUGGUGGCCCCGUUGUGUGCAACAAUGAGCUGCAGGGUGUCGUGUCCUGGGGCUUCGGAUGUGCCGAGAGGGACCACCCUGGUGUCUACGCCAAGGUCUGCAUCUUCAACGACUGGCUGGAGAGCACCAUGGCCAGCUAUUAAAUCUGAUCCUUCUAUCACCAUCUUAAUCUGCUGCAUUUAUUCCAUCAUUCUAACUCCACACAUUGUUGUAGAGUUCUGAACAAUGUGCAGUCAGUUUCCAUCUCAAUCAAUAAAAUUGUUCAACUUGA